GACAGGAGAUGUGUCCUCGGAUGAAUAUAUUGACAUGUAAUUAGCCAGAAGCCCAUGCACAGCCGACCAAUCAGGUGGCGGAGGAGAGGCUGUGCCUGGACCGGCUGGCAGACACCCCGAGGACAGUGCUUCGGCCGCAGCUCAGCCCCGUGGCGGUGACAGCACUGACAGCGACUGGACCAGGUCCUGCCUUCACCAUCCCGUCUGUUUAGAGCAAGAUGGCUGACGUGGAGCUGGUGAAGAAGAUGCUGCGGGCCGUCCUCCAGGCCAACAAAGGCGGAGUGUCACUGUCCCGUCUGCAGUCGGAGUACAAAGAGCUGACCGGGGAGCAGAUACCGUACAAACAGAUGGGACACAACCACCUGGAUGCACUGCUUGUCAGCAUGCCCUCUGUAGUCCGCACGGAGCGCAGCCGCUCUGGAGAGACGGUGUGUUUUGCCUCAGGAGCCAAUGAGACGGCCCAUUUAGCUAAAGUGGUGGCUCGUCAGCGCAGCUCCAAGAAGACAGGCCGACCCCACCUGGUUAACACUCAGAUGAGGGUCAAACCGGCUGCCCCACUUGUCCUCAAUGCCAAACCUCAAACCUCUCUGAGGCAGCCCAACCACCGCAGCAGAGGCGGGGGCAGAGGAGGAGGCGGCAGCCGAGGGGCGGGACAUGGAGACUUUAGACAGGCAAGGGACAUGAGGGAUGGCCAGUCUGAGGGCAAGACUGGGGCGCAUCCGAACAAGAUGUCCAAUCAGAACACACCCAGCAGGAAAGGAAACACACCUGCAGAGAAGUCAGACAAGAGGAUGACCCUCCCAUCACGGUUUCAGAAGGAGGUGCAUGCUCACCUUUCCAGAAACUCCCAACAGACCGGUCCACCCAUGAAUCUGAACGAGAGCCUCGGCUCGGGGAAAGGAAAGCCCUACAACCCUCAGCAGGUCCAGGGUCGCAUCAGGGAGAUCCUGGGGAAGUAUAGUAACGGGUUCUGGGUGUCGAAGCUGCCUCAGAUCUACAGAGAACUGUACAAACAGGACAUGCCUACUGAGGCCAUCAAAGACCUGGAGACCUGGACGCACAUAUGCACUGUGGAGAAAACCUGCAGCAGUAACCCAUCAGAGCUGCUACUGUACCCUGCCAAGGAACAGACCACCACAUCCUCCCCUCCGCCCAUCCUAAAACCAAACUCCACCACUGCCCCUGUCCCAUCUUCAAACACCCCAGGAGACAAACCCAUGCAGUCCCCCGCCCAGCAGAGACCCCCCAGCACCCAUCCGACUCGCUCUGGUUCUCGCUCUCCUCAGACUCCUCCAUCGUCCUCCUCGUCCCCUAGCCCUCCCUCCUCCCCCGCCACCCUCAGCCCCGACCUGAAGCUGAAACUGGAGGAGCUGCUGGUGAAGUACUCCAACGGCCUGUGGGCCCACGCGCUUCCCAAGCUCUUCCAGGACACCUACAAAUUCAAACUGCCUGGACAUGUCCUGGAGAACCUACACCUCCUCUCUGACAUCUGCACCAUCGACUACCCGAUGCCUGACAACCCCAAGAGGGCCAUCUUGUACAGGAGGAGCAGCAGUGGAGAUGGAGGAGGAGAAGAUGAGAACUGUAAUAGGAGAAAUUCCUCGGCCAGUGAGGAGGAGCUGAGGGUGAGGCAGGAACUGGGGAGGAGGCUCAGUAACCACGCAGUGCCUUCUCUGCAGAUCCCCAAAGAGGAGUACCCCUCUGUGUUAGUGGUGGAGGCCACCAACACCAAUGGAGUUAUACUCAGGUAUAUUGGUGAGGGUUACUCCCAGGCACAGGAGUCCAUGGAGGAUGAAAUGAGGGAGUUUUAUGGCCUGAACCAAAGCAGUCCAACCCCUCUGUCAUCGCCAUCCUCAGGCCAACUUGUUGCUGUCAGGGCAGAGGAAGAGGAGGAGAUUCUGAGGGCACAAGUCUGUGAGGUCAUGGCCGACAAGGUCAAGGUGUACUACGUGGAUCAUGGCUUCUCAGAGGUGAUCAGCAAAACCAAAGUGUUUGAGCUGCAUGAGAAGUUUUUCCAGCUGCCUUUUCAGGCGACCAAGUGUAAACUGGCAGGCCUGGAGCCAUUCUGCCAGGAGCCUGCCGUGCUGAAGAAGUUUGAGACAAUGGCAAGUGGAAAGAUCCUAUUGGCUGAGAUCCUAGAGAGAGGGCAGACCCCUCUUGUCGUCCUGUAUGACACGUCGCAGGAUGAUGAUGUCAACAUCAAUGCCGCCUGCAUGAAAGCCCUGCAGGACAAGACGCUAGCCAGCCCGUUACAGGUGAACAGCGCUUAUAUGAACGUGACUGUCAGAAGCGUCUGCUCAGAUGGGACCAUCUACUGUCAGCUGCCCUCCAGAGGCCUUGCAAAGCUGAAUGAGAUACUGGAGAAUAUCGAGACAUACUUCCACUCACAGGUAACAUCAGAGUUCCUGGUAUCCAGACCCUUCUGUGGGAAAGGAUGUCUGGCUCGCUACAAAGGCAAAUGGUCUCGCGUAGAGAUCACCAACCUGCACGGCAGCAGAGUGCUGGACAUCCUGUUCAUUGAUGUGGGCGUUCAGGCUUCUGUCGAGGUGUUUGAGCUGAGAGAGAUCCCACCACCGUUUCUCCGUGACCUCAUGGCGAUCCCCCCACAGGCUGUGAAAUGCUGUCUGGCAGACCUGGCUGUCAGUGUUGGAUCUUGGACUCCAGAUGCUGUCCAAUGGCUUCGAGAGAAAGUGCUCAACACCACAGACUGUAGCAUGAAGGUUGCCAAGGUAGAUGAAACCAAGCGUUGCAUCUAUGUCCACCUUUUCACCGACAAGAACUUCCACGACCCGGCCCGCAGCCUCAACCAUCAGAUGGCUCAGUCUGACCUCUUCAAACAGCAACCAGAUGUUUUCCUGACAAGCCACAGCCCUGGCAAGAUCUCUACAGCCACUCUAUCCUCCAAGACUCCCAGCACCAGUGACUACACUAAUGGGAGUCCAACGUCAGCCUCUGUCCCAGCCAAGCCUCAUCUCAGGAGGGCUCUGUCAGGACCCAAAGGAGGUGGAGGAGGCAGCACGACCACUACCAGCCCACCAGAGACACCAUCAGCCCCGUCAUCCUCUCUCCAGCUGCCACCGUUACUGGAGCUGCCCCCAGCAGGAAACAACAUAGAUGUCUACGUAUCAGUGGCGUGCCAUCCAGGCCACUUUGUGCUGCAGCCUUGGAGAGAUAUGUACAAACUGGUGGUGCUGAUGGGAGAGAUGAUUCUCUACUAUAAUAAAACUGAGGAGAAACCAGUCAAUAUAGAGAAGAAUCAGAUAUACGCUGCUAAAGUGGAGAACAGCUGGCAUCGUGUGUUAGUGAAGGGAGUUCUGACCAAUGGGCUGGUGUCUGUGUAUGAGCUGGACUAUGGUAAACAUGAGCUGGUCAGCUGCACACAGCUCAGGCCUCUGAUAAAGGAGUUCAGACAGCUGCCGUUCCAGGGAAUCACUGCUCAGCUGGCUGGGUUGAAGCCAAGGCAGUGGUCGGAGGAGGCUUCGAUCGUUUUCAGGAACCAUGUGGAGAAGAAACCACUCGUGGCACAGCUGGAGGCCAUACAGGAAGCCACUAACGCGUGGGACAGGAAGUUGACGGUCUUCCUGGUUGACACUUCACAGGAAGAAAGGGACAUCUGGGUGCAUGACAUCAUGGCUGAAUUUGCUGACGAGCUGACCAACGAGCUGUAGACAACAGCAGAUCGUCAACAAGUCUUACUAGCCUAGCAGUUGUCCUGUCGCACCAUGAAGACACUGUGAGUUGUGGAUAGCCAAAAUAGAAGAAGAAGCUUAUCCAUCUGUAUCUAUCUACCAUGUAGGGGGACUGACAGAAGAAAGGAUUGAAAAAUGAAGAAGUUACAAGAAGAAGAGAGGUUUAAUAGCACGUAGAGACUGGCAUUAACAGAGAGACAAGAGGUAUAGGUGUUGUAGCCACUUGCUUGUUGUGUUUUGGGCUGUACAUCGAAGGAUGUUGUGAUGUGAUUUUGAGUGACUGCAGUGUGACCAUUGGACAAUACACCCUUGCAUGAUGUUGGUCCAAACUUGCCACAAAUACUCAAAACGUACCUUCAGCACACAGUAACAAGCUGCUGAAUCUAUUCAUGAUAGCCUCACAAAGCUGUGGAAGUGACACAACAUACAUCCUUAUACCAUUCAGUAUGGGCUUUAAUCCAGCAGCAUCUUACACUACAGUAACCUGAGUGCAUCCAGUUUUAGUGUGUGUCAUCCUGGGGAUGCCUGAAUACCCUCAACCCUGCUAAUGUGAGUACCAUACAGAGUGCACAAAAUGUUCACAUUAGCUCUUCUUACAUGCCAGAAGACUUAUAUGCAUUUGUUUACAAAAUCUGCUUUUUGGAUGGUAUUUCAGGUCAUUAAAAGGUUUCCAAAAGUUAGUGCAAACAUUCCUGUAAGAGGAGAGGAAAUAGAUGGGUCAUUGACUCACUGUGGACAGACGCAAUGUUGACAGACAGUCACCCCUUUUUAGCAUAUACCCCCUAACAUAGUCUACUGUACUUAUUGAGCAAGCAAGACAUGGAAACACAAGUUCAUAAGGUUUCGUGAGGAGUGAUAUACUUGAUGUGAGAUAUGUUUAUUUUUAAUUUAUCCCAACAUUUUUUUUGUGGUGGUACUGGUGCUACAUUUACAGUAGAGAGCCCAUUCUUGCAAACAGUCCUUAGACAUCUGAAUUAGUAUUCCCUGAAGCCCCGUUCCUGACUCCUGUGAUGGCAUUGUCUCGUACAUCUCUUCUCCUCCUGUGAAACACCAAGUUGAAUAUCUCUCCUUUAUUCUGUUUCUUGUCUGAUAACAAGAGCUUAAUUUCAGCAGAUCACACGUGGUGCAUCUUGCAGAUCUUUCAUAACUGUGCACAUAUAGUUUGAUGUUAUAAUAAUAAGCAGAUUAAGUUACCAGUAGUGUUAAACUUUUAGAUCUUCAAAUAGGACAUAAGUUCUCUUUAUGAUUGGUUCCAGUGCCACCAUCAAAUGUUGGCCUGAUGUGGGAUUUUAUUCUGAAAAUGUGACUUUUUUUUCCUGACACACGUGCACCAUCAUGGUUUUGGAUGUACAAGUGCUUCUCCAGUUCUGAAGACAGUAGAUGUGACAAAGCUCAAAGCUGCAUUGUUGUUGUUAACAAUUGACAAGUGACAUGACCUUAAUUUAUAUUUAACUUAUAUUCGCUAGAAGAUGAUAAUUACAUCCAUUUUGUUGUUUGACAAUGACCUGGGGGUAAUAAAAGACUUGUUUUUGGAAUAAAGUCUGUUUGAGAGGAA